GUCGGUGGUCCAGCAGGGGAUGCAUCCUCUGACGCCGCUGCUGCCCUACGAUCACUUCAACCCCAGUCCUCCACACAUUCCCACAGACGUCAGCCAGAAACCAGGUGUUCACAGGCAUCAGUCGCAGGAAAUCUCCGGUUUCUACUCGCUGCCUCAAGGCCAGAUCACUCCGUCCAUGAACUGGCCCAAUCAGCCUGUCUAUCCUCUGCCCUCCUGCGGCUUCAGACAGUCCUUCUCCUCCAGCCUCCAGAGCAGCUCCUCCUUCCCCAGGUUCUCUCAUUCUCUGAUGCUUCAGUCCGGCAUGCACCCUACAGGCAUCCCACACCCCGCGAUAGUGCCUCCGUCCGGCAAACACGAGCACGACCAGUUCGACAGGAGCAUUUACACAAGUUCUAGAGCAAAUUACCUUCUGUUUGGUCCUGUGAGAUCUGGAAUUGCCUUCAAAUCUCAUGCAGAGUUGAAGCGCGAGAAGGAGCCCAAGAAGCCGGUGAUCAAGAAGCCGCUGAACGCGUUCAUGCUCUACAUGAAGGAGAUGCGGGCCAAAGUCAUCGCUGAGUGCACGCUGAAGGAGAGCGCCGCCAUCAACCAGAUCCUGGGCCGACGGUGGCACGCUCUGACCCGCGAGGAACAGGCCAAGUACUAUGAACUAGCGCGGAAGGAGCGACAGCUUCACAUGCAGCUUUAUCCCAGCUGGUCGGCCCGUGACAACUACGGCAAAAAGAAGCGAAGGAAACGAGACAAGCAGCAGGACCCUGGCACAGGUACAUGUUUGUGUUUUCACAUGCAUUGAGUGCAUUAAGAGUGAGUUCUGCACAGAUCAUGAGGAACAUUCUUCUGUUUCACAUACAAAAAUAUCAAAGAUCAAACUGAUCAUUGAAACUGAAUUCUGACUGGACGAGCCACGUUCCGAUCGCACACCUGUGACGCAACACUAGUGCAUUAUAUCACUCAGCAGAAGAAUUAGA